AUGCGGCACAAUGACCUCACGCUCUCGCUGGUUGCCUUGGCAGCCAGGCUAUUGACAACACAUGGAACGACGUGGGUUGAUGGGGAGAUUGUGCAGCAGUUUUCCCAGGCAGCUGCUUUGGUGAGGGUCCCCGUUCCCGAGAAUGUCGCCCUCCCGGCCGCCAAGGGUGUCCUGAGAAGGGAAGACGUGGAGCCGGCUGCCUGGCAGCAGCUCCGCGUGGGGUCGCGGGUCCGGGUCCGCAUCCUCGAAAGCGGUGAUCCAGGCUUCCUGCACCUGUCGAUGAAGCAGGGCCCUUGCCAAGAGUCCUCCGAGGGGCAGCUGCGGAAGCCUGCCGUGCGUGAGCCCUUCGACUACAUUCCCACCGAUCGGGCCACGGCGUCGACCAAGCGAACCUUUACGCAGGCCCAGCGCGAGCAGAAGAAGCGCGAGAAGGAGCAGUUCGUGGUCCUUGCUGACUGUUGGAGCCUGCUCCUGCAAACAGCAGCGGCCCAGUUUUCCAGGUGCGAAGAAACAACACCUCAUGCGGCAAAGCCGCUCUGA